AUGAACGGAGCUAUGAAGGAGACACUCGAUCGGUUUCAUUUCGAGAAGGUCGCUUUCAAUAUGAAGUGUUUCGGUGCAGCUGAGCAGUACCAACUGAUGAAGCAUCCCAAAGACUCGGAGGAGGGGUUCAAGGAAGCGGAUCCGUGUGAGAUGACCGGAACCUUUGGUUUCGCGGUGGUGGAGAUUGUGGUCCUGAGGCAUCGACGGAAUCUUAGAGCCUCCAACAUCCCGGCAAUUUUGGAUGCAGUGGCCAAGAAGUUGGCCGACCAGGACUUGGAUGAAUGGUAUACGUCGGUCGAUGAACCCGCCAUCUCCCUCCCGAAGAAGAAAAGGCGCAUGGAGGACCUUAUUUUUGAGGCUGACGAAUUCUUCGUCACGCGGCCAGUGCCUCCGGCGGUGCCUCCGCCAGUGGCAUAG